GAGAGAGAGAGAGAGAGAGAGAGAGAGAUGGCAGAGGAAUUCCAGACAGGGAUCUGUAAUAGUGGUAGCUGGUGGAGCACCGGAAGGACCGGCGGGUUCGACGGCCCGGUGAUGUCCACAUCAGUCUCAUGCUCGACGGAGUUCACCUGGGCCGCCGGCGCCGACGACAUGGUGCAGGCCAAGUCGAGGUCCUACGACGAGUCCCCAGGUUCAGUCUCCAACAGCUCUAUAACCUUCCAAGACACGCAUAAACCCCAAGCCUCCGAUCAAUUGGUCGCCAACCCCAUCAUGGAUUCCACGCUACAAGUAUCGGAUUUUGGCCUCUCCUCCCCAUUAAUCUGUUCGAAUCAACCUUUCUUAAUGGCUGGUGAAAGAGCUGAGAACAAUUUACAUGCCUUGCUCCAAGAGGACAUGAGCUCAGGAUCCUAUCUUCGAAACGAGCCGGUGAUGGAAUCCAAUCAAAUUCAUAUGAAUGUUGAGAGUUCCUCGCUGAACCUAAUAGAGGACUUGAAACAAGGGCUAAUGCAAGGCCAACAUCACUGGAGCUCCAGUGCUAAUAGCUGCCCACUCUUUCCGGCAUCAUUUGGAUUACCUCCGGCACUGCUACAAGGCCUCUUCGAACCCGAAACAAGACCUCGGCAGUCUUUUAACAAUCAGACGAUGAACUCUCCGAUGAGUUAUCAUGGGGUUUUGUACGAGUCGUCACAAUCUCAGGUAGCCAAAUUGCCCCAGUUCGAUAAGGCCUUGCCUGUGAAGCAGCAACUCCAUUUAUCCAACAACACUCCCUUCUGGAAUCCCUCGGCCACUGCUACAACUGAAACAAGCUUGGGCCUUUACUCUUCGACACCCACUGGCUUAGCCCUACAUGCCCUGGAGGGAGAAACAAAUCGCAGCAAUCUUUUGGUGCAGUCUAAUUCAGAAGGAGCAGGCGAAUCCCGCUCGAAUACGAUGAAGAAAAGUAGCAAUGAGCCGGCACUCAAGAAGCCCAGGAUGGAGACACCGUCGCCAUUGCCAACUUUUAAGGUCAGGAAAGAGAAGCUAGGGGACAGAGUCACAGCAUUACAGCAACUGGUGUCACCUUUUGGAAAGACCGAUACUGCAUCAGUUCUCCACGAGGCCAUCGAGUACAUCAAGUUUCUUCACGAACAAGUUGGUGUUCUCAGUGCUCCAUAUUUGAAAAAUGGCCAUCAAAUGCAGCACUCGCAGAAUUUCGACGAAACAAAUGAUGGAGAAGGACCACAGAUAGACCUUACAAGCCGAGGGCUUUGUCUUGUUCCGAUAUCGAGCACUUUUGCAGUGGCUAGCGAGACCCCAGUUGAUUUCUGGACUCCAACAUUUGGAGGAACUUAUAGGUAAUAUGUUGAGGUGGAAGAAAAGAAUAUUUUCUUCUCCAAAUAGCGUGCCGCUAACACAAAAAAAAGGUAGGGAAUGACAGAUUGGGAGAAGAAGAAUAUAUAACCUAUAACUCCAUAUGAUGAUCCUUAGUAGUGCAGUUCAAAAGAGGAAGGAAAGCAAGAGGAAAUGGCCCAUUAGACACAAGGUAUAUAUGUUGGGAAAGCUCCAUGGAGAAUGGUACAAGGCUGGACAUAGAUUAGAGAACUUUGGAAGGGAAUAAUUCAGUGUUGUAUUAUAUUUAGAUGUGGGUUAGGGAAUUGGAACGGGUGCUAAAUGUGGCAGGGAAUGUGGGAUUAAUUUAGAUAGUGGGGAUAUUAUUGUUAGUUAUUGAAUUUAGAACAAGAGAGUGGACAAACGUGAAGUGGCCGGGUCUUGUUCCAGUUUGGUGCGCGUAUGUUGUAUGAACUAUAAAGGCUGGUACUACCUCCCCUUUUUAACAAAAGAUAAUGAUAUGAUAAGAAGGAAUAAUUGAGUUCAGAGUAGAAACAAA